UAGACUGGUGAUAAACUUGGCACGGAUUGCGUCAGAGCAUAUCUGAGGUACAGAGAGCACGCCACGUUGAUCUCCUCCUUCCUGCACUCCUGAGAGAGUGAGAGAGGGAGCGAGAGAGAGAGAGAGAGAGAGAGCAUGCGCGAGAGAGAGAGAAAGCCAGCGUCCUGUGUUGAGUGAACAUACUCAGAAUGCUUACAGACAUGAUAGCAGAGGAGGAAUUCGAGGUUAAAGAGGAAGAACAGUGGUAUGACCAUCGAGAUCUGGAGCAUGAUCUUCAUUUGGCCGCUGAGCUGGGCAAAACCCUCCUGGAGAGGAAUCAUGAAUUGGAGGAAGGUCUCCAGCAGAUGUACACCACCAAUCAAGAACAGCUACAGGAAAUCGAGCAUCUAUCUAAGCAAUUGGAAAUGCUCAGGUCAGUGAAUGAUCAGCAUGCUAAAGUCUAUGAGCAGCUAGAUGCGACUGCACAAGAACUGGAAAAGAGCAACCAAAGACUCGCCCUGGAAAACCGUUCCGCCCAGCUUAAGAUCGAGGGGCUUACAGAGACCAUAAACGGGCUGCAGGGUCAGGUGGAGGAGCUACAGAGGGAGAUUGAGAAGAUGACACCAGAUCUUCUAGAGCCAGAGAAGCCAGACUUUAGCCAAUCAGACAAGAACACACCCAAUGAGUACUCUGUAUCUGCGAGCACUCCCUCUCCAGAGGCAGAUGAGUGGGAAGAGGAAGAGCACACAGCCCUUUUGCACUCAGUGCACUCACUACAGGCCCAGCUGGAUUUAGAGCGAACCCUAAGAGAGACUGCUGAACAGGAGGCCGAGGCUCUGGCCCGAGAGAUCACUGAGCUGGAGCCACGUGUGACUCUGCUGGAGGGCUAUAAGGCUCGUCUGGCUGAGGUAGAGGCUGAAGUUGAGGAACUACGGCAGCUGUUGCGUUCCGCAACAGACUCACGCAUGCUUCCAGGCACUCUGUUCUUCCCUGCAGAGGAGGAAGUGAGUGAGAUGUGGGAGACAAGGCAAGUGCUGAAGCGCUGCAACAGCGAGAGGGAGCUGCUGGAAGCUGGCAGCAAGGAUGAGGAGCUGAGGAAUGAAGAACACACUGAUGCCUAUAGGGGGCAUUUAGAGACAGUGAAGAGCCAUGGCAUAUCACUGCUAAAUGAGGUGGAUGCACAGUACAACGCCUUACAGAGGAAAUACAAUGCACUCCUGCGCCGCUGUGAAGGUGGUUCACAGUCACAGUGUGACAAAGCUGUGCAGACAGCCACAACCAAUCAGCACUCGAUCCUAAAUCCAGUUAAACACACACGUUCUCAGGACUGUGCUCAGCUGCCUGAGUACAAAACGCUUUUCAAUGAGAUUUUCACUUACAUCCAAAAUAGCAAAAAGGACUUAGAGAUGAACAGAGCCAAGUCAAGUUAAAUGCAGACGAAUACUGUGAAUUUUCCAUGUUCAGCUUCCCAGGACUGUGAGAUUUGUCCUCCAAAGGAAUUGCCAAAUCUCCCAGCAGGCAUCAGUAAUAAUAAGGCAGUGAGGGGACUGUCUGAAUAAACUGGAAUCGCAAUAAGGAUAUUUAUAGCACAGCCAAGCUAGAGCUUCAGAUCUCAUCUUUUAUUGCAGAUAUAGACCUAACUGAAAACGAUUAUCUCCCUUUAAGUCUUUAUGUGCCGUACAUGACAACUUGUGAUCUUUUGUGAUCUUUUUUGCAUCAUUUUUGCUCAUUAUUAUAUGUACUGCUGAUGUUUUAAUGGUGCUGCUACAAAACGUAUAUAGAAAGAGUUACACUUUGAUAUAGAGUUUAAGAAAACCUUUGUCUAGCUUGUACACUUCUCAGAGGUCACAAUAGUUCUACCCGAGGCUCAGAUAUCAGCAACGGUCAGUUUUUGUAAAUUUUGUAUGGUCAGGUUUUGUAAAUUUAUCAGGUUUAUGGAAACACAACAUAUUGAGCACAUAGAUAUCACACACAUACACAUCUUCUUUAUCUUCAUAGACAAUGUGAAACCAGGACAAGAAAACUACCAAUUAAUAAAUCUUAAGCCGUAUGUCUUUUUCUACUUCCUGCUCUAUUUUAGGAUUUGCCUUCUAUUUUAAACAUUUCCUACUUCUAGUCACACCCUGAAAUCCAUGGCCCAAAAACACAAUGAAGUUAACAUAAUAAUUAGUAAUAAUUAGUUCAUGUUAAAUAUGAUGCUUGCUUUACAGUAAUAAUCUUUGUGG